UCUUCAAACACCCCCCCCCCCCCCCCCCCCAAUCAGUCCCUUCUAUAAAUGCAACCCCAUUUCCCUCCCUUCCCUCACUGUUCCAUUCUCAGUUUCCCAUUCUCAAUAAUUUUCUCGCACUUUCUCGCCAUGGCCGAGGAGUUCGAGGAGUGCGAAGUGGUGUGGCCGGAGCUCGAGCAACCCGACCGGAACGACGACGUUAAUUGCUUGGACUACCGAGAUGUGAUCGACCUGAACCACCACCAGCAGCAUAAUUCCAGAAUGCAGAAGCCCAAGAAGAAGAAGAAGAGAAUCUCCGAUUCGGCCCCCGUUAAUAUCCCGGAAAGCGUUUUCCAUUCGGCUGAUUCCGAUGAGUUCGAGGAGGAUUACGGGGAGGAGGGAGAGAUUGUUCCGCCCCAUUUGAUCAUCGCCCGGAGAAUUUCCGGGAAAAUGGCGUUUUCGGUGUGCACGGGAAAUGGGAGGACUCUGAAGGGGAGGGAUUUGAGCCAAGUCAGGAAUUCAAUUCUGAGAAUGACUGGAUUCCUGGAAACGUGAAGACGCAGACCCAGUGUCCCUGGAGAUCAAUUGAGACGAAUUCUGGCUUGGAAUUCAAUUCCCAUUGAAGCCAGACAGACAAAAAAAAAAAAAAAAAAAGGAGAGAGGGGAAAAAAUUAAUUUCCUUUGGUUUCUGUUCGGUAAUGGGUCGAUUCCCUUCCAAUUCCCAUUCAUUUGUAACAAAAAGGAAAAUUUAGAAUUAAUCGGUGUUCAAUUGAUUCUGGGUUUUUGUAA